UUUUCCAGGCGAAGCUGGGAGCGAUGGGAGGGGAGCGCUCAGUGCUGCAGCUGGACACUGGAGCGGCUCACGCUGUGCGGGGCAUGACGGGAUGCUGCUUGUGACCGCGGUGUCUGAGGGAUAAUGAACGCCUUCAGUAAGUGCUGGGAUGUAUGAGGAAGGUUUACUGUCAGCGCAGGGUGGAACGACAUUGUGCUGUUGUGCCUCCUGGCUCCACGAUGGUGUCGCCUCUGUGCGCUUUCCCCUCUGCUAUCUGGACAGGGGCCACUGGCAGGGAGGUGACACAUCGGCGUCGGAAUUUACACGACUAUCAGUCUCAGAAUAGACCGGCCAGGGAAUAGAGCUGCUGUCAUGGAGAAACAGAGCAGACUCAGGGAGGAGAUGCCGACAUCGCGGGAGGAGAAGCGCAAAGAGAGGAAGCCGAAAUCUGGGAAGCUUUUCCGAAAGAAACCGUUGAAGUCCGUGGGGAGUUUUAUGAACAGACUCAUCAAAACUUUGGGCACUUUGACCCACUUUGGAGACGCAGACGCGCAGGACGCGGAAGACGACGAUGGGGGUUUUCGGAAUGGCGCACCUUGCGUCCUCAGCGCCAGCUCAGGAAUUUUCAAAGAGGAUGUACAGGUGGCAUGGGAUCGAGUGGUGAAAAACACUUCCAGCACGCCUUCUCCUUUGUGCACCGGCAGAGAGAAGCUACUGUACCAAUACGGAGACAAAGUCCCAGGCGUUCUGGGGCUGAAAAACCACGGGAACACCUGUUUCAUGAAUGCCGUGGUCCAGUGUUUGAGCAACACCGAUCUGCUCGCAGAGUACCUGGGGCUGGAAAGAUACAAGCUGGACCUGUGUGGAACCAGAAUAAACGGCGUGGUGAGAAGUGACGAGCCGCGGAUUGACAGGGGAGAGGUGACGGAGCAGUUGGCAUCACUGGUCAGGGCUCUGUGGACUCUGGAGUACACCCCCCAGCUGUCAGUAGACUUCAAGACUAUAGUGGCCAAGUAUGGGUCACAGUUUCGCGGUAAUUCCCAACAUGACGCCCUGGAGUUCCUCCUGUGGCUGCUGGACCGCGUCCAUGAAGAUGUCAGUCUGGCCUCACACAACAACAACAACAAGACCAAAGCUCCUGGAAAGGGUCCCGGUGGAGCGGAGGAGGUGUUGUGUCCUGACCUGCCCAAGUCCCAGCAGCCCAGAGUCCAGCACAGCUUUGUCCAGGAGCACUUCCAGGCCCAGUACAAAUCUUCGCUGACAUGCCCCCACUGUCUGAAACAGAGCAACACCUUUGACCCUUUCCUCUGCAUCUCACUCCCCAUUCCUCUUCGCCAGACCAGGCCACUGUGUGUGACUCUGGUGUUCAGCACCAAAGGACAGAGGUACCUGAGGGUCGGGCUGGCUGUGCCUCUGUUCGGCUCUGUGGCCUGCCUGAGGAGGAUGGUGGCCGACGAGGGGAAGCUUUCUCCAGACCAGGUGAUCCUGACAGAGGUGUACUCCACGGGCUUUCAGCGCUCCUUCUUUGAUGAGGACGAUCUAACCAGCAUAGCUGAGAAUGAUGUGAUCUACGCCUUCCAGGCCCCUCCACUCUACAUCCGAGGAGGCUCUGCACGCAUCUCAGGGUGCCAUCACAGCCUGCCUUCGUCUCCAUACUUCACCGGGCCUGAAGGUCAGAGGUUACCUUCAUCUGGAACAUUGUCAUCAGAGUUCCUCAACCAGGGCCCAGUCAAGAUUCUGCUGCUGGUGUGCAACGCUGCAGGGGCAGGCCAACAGACUGUCAGGUUUGGACCUCCGUUCCUAAUGAGGGAGGACCGGUCUAUUUCCUGGGACCAGCUGCAGCAGAGCAUCCUCAGCAAGCUCUAUUACCUGAUGAUCAAUGGAGCUCCAGCACAGAACACCAGGGUGAUGUUCAACAUCCGUGUAGUGGGAGGAUCAGCAUUUUACAGCUACCUGUCACCUCAGGAGGGACGGCCACUCCACCACCCUGCUGUCGACAGAGCUCUGAAGCUCUGCAGCUCAGGAGGACCUCCGCACGUGAAGCUCAUCAUCGAGUGGGAGCACAGAGUCAAAGACUGCCUAUUUGGCAACAUUCAGGAGGAGGUGGUGAAGGAUGCAGAGAGCGUGAGGGGUCAGCAGCAGCAGCAUGUCCAGCAGUACAGCUGCACCCUGGACGAGUGCUUCCAACUCUACACCAAAGAGGAACAGCUCGCCCCAGACGACGCCUGGAAGUGCCCCCACUGUAAGCAGCUGCAGCAGGGCAUGGUGAAGAUGAGCCUGUGGACGCUGCCGGACAUCCUCAUCCUCCACCUGAAGCGCUUCAGGCAGGUGGGAGAGCGCAGGAACAAGCUCGCCACAUUCGUGCAUUUCCCCCUGGCGAGCCUGGACAUGACGCCCCACAUGGUACACCGCAACCAUGGCAACCAUCAGCCCUCUCUCCAGCCCGGAUGGAAGCAGCCCCGACGGCCUGACCUGGCUCCCCCUGACUUUCUGUACGAUCUGUAUGCUGUGUGCAAUCACCACGGAGGAAUGCACGGCGGGCAUUACACAGCCUUCUGCAGGAACUCUGUGGACGGCCAGUGGUACAGCUACGACGACAGCAGCGUGGAGCCGGUUCCAGACGGGGAGGUGUGCACACGUGGAGCCUACAUCCUGUUCUACCAAAGGAGAAACACCAUCCCCCCCUGGUCUGCCAGCUCCUCAGUCACUGGUUCCACCAACUCAUCCACGUCUGACCACUGGCUGGUCAGGCUGACAGGGAGUAGUGAGAGGGGCAGUGUGGGGUCAGGAGGACCCAUCCCUGGACCUGCAGAGCCCAUGCAGGCCCCAGAGUCUCCUGAGCUGCCAGUGUUUGGAGAUGAACCCCCCAGAACAGUAGAAACAAAUGGGUUUGAAGCCAAGCCCUUUGUCCGUGGAACCCAAGGCAGGAGCGUCAGCAUGAGAUCGCCAACUAAGUCCAAGGAGAAUCUGAGUAAAGUUCUCCCACUGCGAUGGUCCUUUGGCUCCAAGGACCGGAUUAAACACCCAGCCCAGACCCAGCCUGGAGAACUGGUGGAGUAUCUGGAGUCCGGGCGCCGGCCACGAUGUACCAAAGACCCUAUCAUCUCGCUGGUGGCCACCCCACCGCAACGGACCACCCAGGGAAGAGACUUUGAAACAGGCCAGGACUGCAGCUCACCCAGCAGCAGCAGUCUCAGUUGUACAGACAGACCCGGCUCUGACACUUGUUACUCCCCCAAGAUCCCAGAGGGACAGAGCAGAGCGUGUGUGGAGAGGAACGCCAACCAGGGGGUUGGGCGCAGCAGAGCCAGAGAUGAAUUGUCCCUGAGGCAAAGAUCGUCUAAGAGGGGGAGGCAGGACCAGGGCAGGACCCUGGACUUCCAGCUGCAGAGAGGAGCCAUUCUAGGGGGUCACAUCAGCCACAGCGCACCUCCCAGCAGAGACUCCACACUGAGAGGAACCAAGGUCCAGACAGGGGUGAGCUCCAGGGUACAAAAAGACUUGUUACAGAUGGUAAUGCAACCUGAGGACAGGGUGGGACAGAGGGGGCAGGAGGGUUGCAGCCAUGACAGCCUCUUGUCUUUUUUCAAACCCGGUUUCAUGAAGAAAGAUGCUCCUAGGUCGCCAGUGAAGGGGCACGACAGGUGUGUGAAAGGCCAUGGACAACAGGGGAAGCUGGUAGGCCAGCUCUCCCUCUCCAAUGGGACGCUGACCACAGCGGCGCUCGAAGACAGGAAGGCCGGUGUCGUCCCCGGUUGUGACACUCAGAAUUACCAGGUCCAGCUAGUCAACGGCACAGCUGGGAAUCAUCUCGUAGACGCUGUGGACAUCAAGCGUGCUCACAGCUCCAGCAACAUCCAGAUGAAGCUGGAUGGGUCAUUUCGCAGGUGUGCCUCCCUGCAGAGGAAUGGUGAAGUCAUGGUUCCUCCGGCCUACCGCCUGCUGCUGUCAGACAGGCCCGGCUACGCCACUCUGCGCGGGGCGCGAUACAGUACCACCUCCCUGGUGCCUCUGUGACAGCCCCGAAUGACCUCUCCACUGAUCAGCUGCUCAGCCAGAGAAGCUCCCAGCAGGAGGCAGUGCUGGAAUCGAAGUACAUCUUGUCCUCUUCGUAGUACUGUUACACGUUCUUACCUGUGUGUGUCUUAAACUAAAUCUAUGCAGCGUUGAGGUUACCGAGGAGAAAUACUGCUGUAAUGUGAUGUUUUCCCUCUGUUUGUUUUACAAAGCAGUCUGCUGUUAAUGUUCAGUAUUUGAGGAGUAGUAGAUUUGGUGAAUUUUCAGGUUUUAGCUCCUUAUACACACACUUCAAUGUAAUCAGCAACUGUUUAGGAGGUAGGAAAUCAGCCUGGUACAUGUGUCAGUUCAUUCAACAUAUACAGCUUAAUAAUAACAGGCUAAAACAUGUCAAAUUGUUCUUAAACACUGAAAACAAUACUGACACCUGCACUGUAAAUUGACUGCUGUAACAACAUCACCGUUGCUUUGAAUUAUGCGAUAAUGUUCCUGUUUUAUUACCAACACACUAUGUUGUUACAUGACCAGAGAUUAGACUGCUCCGAUACCGACAACAAGCAGGAGGACUUGUGUCUGUUUCUGUGUUGACAGUUCAUCUACAUCCCGUCACCUGCACAUCACUGAACUGUGGGAGGUGUGUGGUUGUACAGCAGCAUUAGUCAGCAUUGUUCUUCUCUGCAGCCACGGGGAAGUGAUGAGUCCUAACGGUGAUCCUGCUCUGUCACAGUCACAUAGAGCCACCAGAGCAGCAGCUGACGUUCCCGCCAUAUACCUGAUGUAUAUUUAAUUCACAGUCACUGGUCAUAAUUGGUGUUUCUGCCUCUGGUUCUCCUGCUGUUUGAGGAGGAGGAGCCAAACUUCACUUGAUGAUUUGUGUCUCUAACCCCCAUGUUUCAAGUCAUGCACUGUAAGUGUGUAACAUACUGGGGAAGAGAAGUGAGAGUGCACGCUGGUUGUUCACGCUGUAACUGUGUUCACAUUUCAUGCUGUGUCGUUUUAUAUCACUGCUUCACUACACUCGUCACCAAAAUGAAAGUAAACAGAAUGUUUCUGAGACAUUAUCUAGGAAGUAUGGUUAGAUUAUAUUUUAUUAUUAACUUUUUUAAAAGUCUACAUUUUGUACCUGAUGUGUAAUUAUUAAUUAAAACAGUCUGUAUUAGAUCACAUUAAUACAUACAGUGAGGGGGUUGGAUUGGACACAUCACACUCAAGUCCCUGUACUGGACCGUCUUUAAUGUCUGCUUCAUGUCCUGCAAGUUUGAUGGAUGCAAAUUAAACACAGAUUUUCUCA